AUGGCAGCUGGGCCCUCCAGGUACAUGUUCAGUACUGCGGAGGGGCACGUGUUGACGCGCAGCAUCCUUCGCAAGCACAUUCCCUAUGAUCCGCAUGAUUACCAACUCGAAGGGGUUUGUCAAGUCCUCGACGGAGUUGACCUCUUGGCUGCACUCGCUACUGGUUCUGGCAAGACGGGCUUCUACUCCAUGUAUAUGCUAAUGCUUACAGAAUUGUCAAAUAAUCAGUCUCUUUGCAACCCUCCUUAUCACAGUGUUCCGAAGGACCCUGCUAUGGUCGGCAUAUAUCCAACUAUUGGGUUGGAGGAGCAGAUGGCCGAAGAAUUUACUAAGAUUGGUUUAUCAUCUCUGGUCAUCAACUCCCGAACACUCGAGGCGGCGCGGGCAUCGAGUACCAACCUCUGGGUACGUGCUCGCGCAGGAGUGACCAUGCUACUCCUAUCCCCAGAGCAGCUCGCCUCAAAAGGGUUCGAGUCCCUGUUACAGAAUCCCACAUUUCGGAACAGGGUUUGUGCAGUAGGACUCGACGAAGCCCAUGCCCUGGACACCUGGGGAGCCAGCUUCCGGAAGAGCUACCGCCAGAUCGGCUUCAUCCGCGCGCGCAUGCCGGACCGAGUUCGUAUCAUUGCGGCGUCGGCGACCAUUCGCGUUGAUGGGCCGAAGGAGAAUAUCUGCAAGCUCCUUGGAUUUCGUGCUGGCGAAUACUACGAACUUCGUCGAUCAAAUGUGCGGCGGAACGUUCGCCCAAUCUUCCGUGUCCUACAGUCCGGCCUUGGCGGAUGGGCAUUCCCCGACUUGGAUUGGAUCAUUCCUGACGGACGCAAGACCGUCAUAUUCUGUCGCACGAUUGCACUCGGGUAUCGUGUCUUGGUCUACCUGUGGAGCAAGAUACCAAAUGGUGCAGAUUGCACGCGUUUCUUACGCCUGUACAACGCACUCAAUUGGACGACGUACAACACAGAGACCCGUGAACUUAUGCGUUGCGACGAGUCGUGCAAAAUUAUCAUCGCAACUGCAACCUUCAUGAUGGGCGUCGAUGUGCCCAACAUAUUCCGAGUACUUCUGCUUGGCGAUCCCGAAAGCACGGAGGAGUGGCUGCAGUGGCUGGGUAGGGCACAGAGAGACGUGAAAUUGACGGAUGAUGGCGAAUGUAUUACGUACAUCACAAAGGGUGCUAUCUCCAAUGCGCGUGGGAUCAUCGACGGAACUCUGUCACACGGCGCGAGUCGAAAGAAGACGAAAUCAUCAUCUGACAAGAACGCGGUGAUGGACAAGGCAAUGGCGAGGGUCCUCCUUGCUCCCUGCAAGAUCGCUGAGCAGGACAUGCUCUACGCCAAUCCGCCAUCUGACCCUCCAUGUCUCUGCGAGACGUGCACAGCGCGCUCUGCUCGCCAACCUCUCCGGUCAGAGACCCCUUGGCCAUGCAACUGCAGUGGCCCCGGAGAGCUUGGUUGUCAACCCGAGGCCAUUGUCGCCCCCGUCGCUCGCAAAAGCAAGACAGACAAUCCAGUCCCAAAGGCUAAACGACUCACCAAGGCGAUGCGAGCAGUCGGCAUGGACCGGUUCAUCCACUUCCGUAACAAGAUCUAUCUCGCCGACACCUCUGCAGCAGCGGACCUCUUCCCUCCGGAGGUCUUCUUUCCAGAGCCUACGAUGAAGGCUAUCCUUGACCGCUUCGCACUCAUUGCAACACCGGGCGAGCUGCAGGACCUGAUUGCCAAACGAACGUAUCUUCUUCCACAUUCCGAAGGCCUGUGGUCUGUCAUUGUCGAGCUCCAGAUAGCAUUCGUGACGAUGCGUGGCAAACCAAGUGCUUCGAAGUCGAAGGAGACUGAAAGCGACAUACCUGGCUCGGAUGUCGGUGGAAACGGUGCCACAGUGGCGAAUGAGGCGACCGCAGAGGAAGAUCACGGCGAUGGGUUUGAGAAUGCGAGUAUGAUGCUAGAGUGGGAUUUGGGUGUUCGGCAGUGA